CCCAACUCACUCUCUCACUCACUCACGCACUCACACUCGCAACUCGCGCACUCGUUGCUUCAUUUGUUUUUGAGAGGCCAGAGCGUCUGACGGUCCGGACCAUUUUGCAUACACACACACACACAACAACAACAACAGAGAGAACGAGAGAGGAGAGACAGCGAGGUAAGAGAGGGAGAGGGAGAGGGAGAGAAGACGACGAGUAGAUAGAGAGGGAGGGAGAGAGAGAGAGAGUGCAGAAGAAAAAGCACGAUUGGUAGAGAGGGAUAGAGAGGGAGGGAGAGGGGACGAGAGAGAGAGAGAGAGAGAGAGAGAGAGAGAGAGAGAGAGAGAGGGAUCGAGCGUUUUUGGUGAUCGAGGAGGAAGGUUGGCAAGAGGGUGUUGGAUUGGUUGGGUGCAGAUUGGAGGGGCGGGACUCGGACGAGGAGAAAGAGAGGAGGUGUAGGCGAGAGGGAAGAGGAGGAGGAGGAGGAGGAGGAGGAUUUUUUUUUUCGUUGAGAGGGAGAGAGGGAGAGAGGGAGAGAUAGAGAGAGGAGAGGAGAGGAGAGAAGAAGAGAAGAGAAGAGAAGAGAGGAGAGGAGAGGAGAGGAGGGCGGAAGCGCUUGUUCAUCCGGCAGGGGCAGAGUAGGAGGCGGUUCGAUCCGGUGGAAAUUUCUUGAUUGUGAGAGAGGACGGCGGUGGAGGGGUCGUGCAUCAUCCGCAGCACGGGAAGGGAGAGGUUUUCGAGAGUGCGGGACUCGCUCAUCACGCGUCGGACGAGAGAAGUCGCGAGGGCAGCAGACGUCAAACGGCAGGGAAAAGGAUACGGAGACGGAAGAGUGCCGGUUGUUCCCUUUUUUGGUAAGAAAGAGUUGGACUGGCUGGCUGCACGACCUUGGCUGGACGGGCGCUGCCGAGAAUCGGAGCAUGUGUAGGGUAAGGCAAAAAAUAUCUGCGAGAGAGAUACCCAAGGAAGGUCAGGAAUUAGUCGAGUGAGGAGAAGUUUGAGGAGGUUGGUCAAUCAGGUGCGUUCUAGGAGUGGUGGGGCGAGGAUUAGGAGUUGUUUCCAGGUUUUGAAAUCUGCAGCAAAACGCAGAAGAAAUUGAGUCCAAGGACGGGUGGACUCGUCAGAUACUCAGGGUAAUGCUAAAGACGUUCAUGCCUAUUAGAGGCAACAAUGGCAGCAGGUACAGAUAUUACACACCCUGUGAGCGCUUUAGAAGCAGCUUACAAGCCCAUUCCUCUGGAACCUCUCCCUGUAUGUACCAUCAAGGAGAACGGCGUUGCGGUGGAUAAUAAUGAUCCCUCGAUUGUGGAGAAAAAUAGGAAAGAUCGAGAAACUCUUCAAGCAUCAAGCAGGCCUCCAAGGCCAAACCCGAACGCUGCUCCACCAACGGCGUCAUUCGUCCGGAGAAGCGUCAGCACGGCUCGUCUCACCUCACUUUCGUCUGCAUCUGAUUUGGACACGGACGGAAUAGAAUCAAGCGAACGACCUAUUUUUGAGCGUCAUCCAUUAGAGCGUAUGGAUAGAGCUAUAGUGGAGUACACGCCCAUUUUACGGUCAGGAGGAUGGAUGGAUCAAGGAAAUCGGCCAGCCAUGGAAGACACGCAUUUACGUAUCGACAAUUUGGUCACUUGGCAUGCCGAAUCUUCCCAAACAAGUGAGGCCUCCCUCAGUUCAAAUGAAGGCCCUGGGGCUUUUUAUGGGGUUUUUGAUGGCCACGGAGGGAAAGAGGCGGCAGAUUAUGUCAGAGAAAAUCUACUCAUCAACUUCUUGGAGGAUAGUUCGUAUCCAAAUUCUCUCAGUGAAGCUGUGAAAAACGCAUUUUACAAGACGGACGUUGCCCUAAACAACGAAUUCAUUCGCCAUCAGGAGUGGACCUGUGGUACAACUGCGCUCACAGCCAUUAUUUCCGGAAGGAAUCUGCUCGUAGCAAAUGCUGGCGAUUGUCGUGCCGUUCUGUCGAAACGUGGUGUGGCUGUGCAAAUGUCUAGGGACCACAAACCGUGUUGUGCAAUGGAAAGGAGUCGCAUUGAGUCAGUUGGAGGCUAUGUUUACGACGGCUAUUUGAAUGGUCAGCUCGCUGUUGCUAGAGCUCUUGGGGAUUGGCACAUGACAGAGCUGAAGGAGUUUCGUAAUGAAAUCCCCGGGCGUUCUUUCUUCGACGGUCCUCUAAGCGGGGAACCAGAGUUGCAGCAAGCAGUGUUGACGGAUGAAGACGAGUUUAUGAUAAUAGGAUGUGAUGGGUUGUGGGAUGUAUUUACCAGUCAAAAUGCAAUAGACUUUGCACGGAAGCGCUUGCAAGCGCACAAUGACCCCGAGCGUUGUUCAAAAGAAUUGGUGAAAGAGGCCCUUGUACGCAAUACCUCUGAUAAUUUGACAGUUGUUACUGUCUGUUUUCAACCAGACCCUCCACCGAAGCUCGGAAAAGCCUGGGUUCCAAGAUUCAGGAGAAGUAUCUCAGCCGAAGGUCUGCGCAAUUUGCAAGAUCUUCUAGAUCACGAUGCUCCUUGAAAUUGCUGUGCUUUGGCACUGUCGGCGUUACCUCUUCCUGGUGUUGGAAAGGUCGGUGAUAUGUCAGAAGCUCAAUACAACAGGUGGUGUACAUUACUGUAGUGGGUGAGGAGAGGAGGUAGAUCAUUGGAUGGUGACAACAGUAUGCAGUGCCGCAAUCCGUGUUUGCAUGACUAGGGUUCACAGGAACAGGAUUGACUCUGAAACCGUGUGGGGCAGGGGCAUUCUUAUUGAAACUUACAAAUGAGGCGUGUAUAUUCAGGCUUUAUUAUGUAUCAUAAUUGAGUCAAAGACUCUGAUUAUUUCGGAAUAAGGGAGGUGAACCAAGCACCACUUGAGGGGCAGUGUGAACUAUUACCAUCCGUCUAUCAAAGCAGUAUGUGGGGUUCUGGAGUGUGUCUCAAGUCACCCAUGUGAAUGCUUCCUUGGUCCUGGCCGGUGCUUUGAUAUGCUGCCUUUUUAGGUCGUGACUAGACCACCAAGGAGCAGCUUGACCACACCCGCAGAUGAGUGCUUGCGAGAUUCGACGCUUUGGAGAUAGUGUUUGAGUAAGGCGCUUACGAGACUCGACGCUUUGGAGAUAAUAUUUGAGAGCGACGACGACAAUGAUGAAAAUGAGAAUUUAGACUAGGAGAUGAAGGUGUGAUGCCAUCUGCUGUAUGGGGUGGGUUGAACAGUGUUGUCGAGUCAAUUUGUUGGUCCCUCAAUGCUGGCCUGCCAGUGUCACACUCCAGUUUUGCUAAUUGCAGUGGGGGUAUUGCCCCUUGCCCCUUUUUACUCAAAUGAGGCAAGUAAUGUGUAGGUAUAUGUAGAGGGGAUAUUGCUGUGCAAUAAGAGCGGAGCAGUUCCAGUCCACUAGGGGUUGAUGUGCUCUCUUAAAAUGUGGAUCUUCCAUUGAAGCUCAUUUGUAAGGUUUCUCUCUAGAUUAAUAAAACAAUCUUGUUCUCAGUG